UGUCAUUUGUCAAUGUAAUUCGCAUUGUGAAUGUGAAAAAUGGAGACCGAUAAGGAGCGUCCAAAUAUAAGGAUAGAAAUUCAGAAUGAGAAGAUGGAUGUUGAAGAAUCUGAGAAUGAAGAUGGCGAAAUUGUGGAUGAAGAACCUGGACAAGUAAUUUCUGUUCCAAAAAAUUCAAAUAGAAUAGUAUUUACUACUGGAAUAAACAUAUUUGACCAAGAAGAGCAAAGAAAACUACAAGAGAGGGCUAAAAGAUUUGCUUUAAAACCUGAUGAAAUCCAUAGUUUUACAGACACAGAUCUAGAAGACCUAAGAGAAAGCCUAGGAAUUACAGAAGAGAAUGAGAAUAUAGUCAGAUUUGACACCGUCCAUUUAUUAGGUACAAAAGACAUGUUAAUAGAAGAUAUUCUUGAAUAUUUUGCAAAGUAUGCUCCUACUGAGAUUGAAUUUGUGGACGAACAAAGUUGUAAUGUAAAAUGGAUAGAAAAUAUAUCUGCUGCAAGAGCCAUGUUUUAUUCUUCCAAAGCUGUUAAUGGUAUGCCUGUAAGAGAACAAUUCCAUGUUAAAGAUUUUUUGGAGAAUGAUAUGGAAGAAGCACCUGGACAGAGUAUUCUACUUAAAAGUAGAACAGUUGAACUCAAAAUUGAUGACGUUGUACCAACUACAGAAAAAAAAUUCAAAAAUGGUAUUGAUAUUUCAGAAAUAAAUGUACCUAUACCACCAGGUUAUUGGAGAAUGGGUGACAAGCAUCCAAAAGCCAAAUGUCUGUUAUUAAGAUUUGCUUUUAAGACUGACAAAAAACCAUAUGGAAUAGAAACUUUUGCCAAAUAUUACAAAAAACUUGGUAUGACAAAAGCACAAAUAGAUAAAAGAAGAGAGCCUGGAGGUAUAUUUGACAGAAACAAAGAUCUACCUAAAGAUAAAAAUCCUUGGGGUAGUUUAGCUAAAAAUUGGGAUCAAGAUGUUAAUCUUAGAGAAACUAUACCUAAUUCCGGAGAAGUUGUGGAAAUUAAAAAUUCCAGUUUAGCAACUAGGUUGGGAGUUAAAGAAAAGGUGGCAUCAGAUAAUGAAAUAGAAGUAGUUGAAGCAGAAACUACGAUAAAAAAACCAAAAGGCAGAUCGAUGAGAAUGCGAAUGUAUGCUGAUGAAGAAGAGGAACGAAUAAAAAAUAGAAAAGCAAUUCAAAAAAUUAAAAAACAAACCGAGAAACUUACCACAGAACCAAAAGAUUUGAGAGCAAUUUUAAGUAUGAAUAACUACAGUCAACCUAUUGAAAUUAUUGAUUUGGUUCAAGAUGAUCUCGGUAAAAAACUGAAAAAUAGAUCUCGACAAAUGGUUGUUUCCAUUGAAAGAGAUCCCUGGGAAAUCCACCACGAAAGAAAAGAAAAUAUUAGGUCAGAUAUCAGGUCAGUGUUGAAUAAGAGAAGAGAAAGGUCACCGAUUGUUGAAAGAAGACCUGUAAGGUAUAGAGAUAGGAGUCCAAUCCGAAUGUAUGAAUCUCCCUUACGAAGAAGAUCGCCAGUUAACAGAAGACAUAGGUCGCCAGAACGUACAGUUAGGUAUAAUAGAUAUGCUCGAUACCUGCAUGAAGGCCAUGGUUCAGAUGAUGAUUCUAGAAGAACAUCAAAACCCAAAAGUAAAGUAGCAGUCGUUAUAAAAAAACAGAAGAAGCCAACGGUUGCUUCGACGAUUUGGUCGAGAGUACAUGAAAGUGAAAGUGAAGAAAGUUCGAGCGGUAGUGAAGAAACAUCUAAAUCGGAAUCUGAAGAAGAGAGUAGUAGUUCUAGCGAGGAGAGUCAAUCAGAAUCUGAAAGUGAGUCUUCAUCUUCAGAAGAAACAUCUGUGGGAAUUCGAAGGCCAGGUUUUGAAUACAACGGCAUGAAAAUGAAUCCAAGUCGUUUAAAAAUAACCAUGUCGAAUGAUAGGUACAAACGAUAAUACUAGAAGUAUGCAUGUGUGUUGUACAUAUGUAAAUUAAUCUCAUAUCUAUAGUGUGAAUUAAAAAAUUGGUGUAAUUUAAUGAAGUAAUUGAUAGAACAGUACAA